AUGCUAUUAGCUUCCGGGACUGUGGACAAAGACGCUGUCUAUCUUCGAACCAAUGCUGUACUUAGGGCUCACCACCGUACUAUGAUGGCUUCUCUUUCAAAGCUUAUUCUAUCCUCUCACGCUUGUGUUCACAAUCCUACCGACAAUAUUUCCAGAAUGCUUUCCGAUAGCAAUGAUUUAUUAUUGGCCACACGUAAUUUUGUCAGCACUAGCGAAUCUAUACCUGUUCCUGUACAACAUAUCGAGCCUCAGUUACAAAAACAACGACGAUCAUCUACAGCAAUUAAUAACAUGAAUGUAUGGACGGAAACAUCAACUGGAUAUAAAUCAAAAUACACUCUUGAUGCAGAUCUAGCAGAAAGCGUUGAAGCUUAUGGAAACAAUAUGCAGGAAUCUAUUGAUGGGAUGAUCAACAGUAUUGUAACAUAUAAACAACAAUUGCAAGCUUCAUCCAAACAAACUACUAUCGCAUUGGAUUCACCACGAUCAUCACUCUCUGCACUUUUAUUCUCACAAUUUCGAAAUUUCAGCAAUCAAACUGGGCAAUUCUUGGAUAUAUUCGACGAAAUUGACUUUACAGAAUUUCAAUCACCUGAACUGAUUGAAUUGGGUGAAUUACGACAAAAGUUAUACCGUGGAAUAGGUGAUCUCUUUUGCAAGCUCCAGGUUUUAACGGAUGAGAGUGUACCUUUGAAUGGAACAGCGGAAGUAUCAGAACAAGAUGGUAUGGAAACAAAGAAAACUAUUCAAGAUAUCUGCGACUACAAUGGUAGUCCAGUUCAUUCACCAACUAAACUUGACAAAACCGACAACAGCAAUGCUACUGGAUUAUUAUUAGAAUCACUACCUGGUCUAACUGAUGCAACAUCAUCAUCUGCUCGACCUUCAUCAACUGGAGCAUUAGCAUCUACCAGUUCUCCCGUCGUCACUAGUGGUACUUCAGUCUCACCUACAUCCGUCCAAGACAAUAUAUCUACAUCAUUACAACGAAAACCAUCUACUUCUCCUGAAUAUCCUCGACAAUCCAGUGCAAAACUCAAGAAAUUCUUUGGUGAUGAUGUACCAGAACAAAUUUCACAUACUCCCCCUUCUGAAGAAGAACGACCUUGGUACCUACAGUAUGACUACAAACCCAAUGAAAUUGUGUUCAACAUGGAAGGCUCGGUGAAAGGAGGGACUCUGAUGGCGUUAGUUGUACGACUCACUUUACAUGAUUAUUUGGAUAUGAACUUUAUCAAUACAUUCUUAUUGACAUAUCGAUCCUUUUGUUCAUCCAUGGAAUUACUCAAAUUACUGGAAAAACGAUACACAGGUACACCUCCUGAGGGAUUGACGGAACAAGAACUAGAAAUCUGGAGGAAUAAGAAACUGAAAUUAAUACGACUACGGGUGUUCAAUGUAUUGAAGAAUUGGCUGGAACAGUAUUACAACGAAGAUGAUCAUAUGAUUUUGGAUGAAUUACUGGAAUUCACAACGACAACCAUCCGAAGCACUUUACGAUUCUCAGCAGAACAAUUGGAACGACUUAUCAAGAAACGAAAAGAAGCUACUGGGGAUGGAUUGAAGAAAAUGGUGUUGACUUUACCUACAGCCCCACCAGUACCGAUCUUACCGCGUAAUCGUAAAAAAUUCCGUUUGAUGGAUAUUGAUGCUCUGGAACUUGCCCGACAAAUGACAAUUAUGGAUUUCAAAUUAUACAGUUCUAUUCGACCGGUUGAAUGUUUGAACAAGGCAUGGUCCAAGGAUGCUGCUGAAGAUCAAGCACAUGUAGCGGUGAAUAUCCGUGCAUCGAUUGAAUAUUGUAAUCAAGUGACAUCUUGGGUAUCAGAUGCAAUCCUAAGUCAAUCUGAAGUCAAGAAAAGGGUGACACUGAUCAAGCAUUGGGUGCAAAUUGCUGAACGAUGUCGACAACUCAACAACUUCAACACAUGUAUGGCCAUCCUCUCUGCGUUUGACAAUAGUGCGGUGGGACGAUUGAAACGAACAUGGGAAAUGGUAGGUGCUCGUACGAACCAAGUAUUAUCACAGAUACGUCGAUUGAUGGGUGCCAAUCGCAACUUUACUGAAUACCGUGCCAUCAUCCAUUCCAUCAAUCCACCCUGUAUUCCUUUCUUGGGUAUCUAUUUGCAAGAUCUGACUUUUAUUGAAGAUGGGAACGCUGAUUAUCUCAAGACAUCCAAGGAUAUGAUCAACUUUGCCAAACGUGCCAAAACAGCAGAAGUCAUUCGUGAAAUUCAACAAUAUCAAUCUACCUAUUAUCAACUCACUCCUGUCGAUGAAAUUCAAGCAUUUAUUCAAACCAAUCUUCAAAGUACCCGUGAUGAAGAACAACUUUACAAUGAAAGUUUGAAAUUAGAACCAAGGGAACGGGAAGAUGAAAAGAUUACUCGAUUAUUACAAGAAUCAGGUUUCUUAUGA